CUGAACGAGGAGGAGCGUCGGGACAUCCUCACGGACCUUGCCGAAGUCCAGGCUCCCGGCGGCGCGGCGGAUACCGACGGGACCGGAGACCACGAAGGCGGCAACGAAUUGCAGAUGAUCGGAAUGGCCUUCCAGAAGAUGACCGGCCGGGUAGGCCGCCAGCAGCAGCGCUUGACGACCCUGGUGGCGCAACUGCAGGAGGCGCUGCGCACCAAGACCGCCUACAUGGCCCUGCAGCGCGACCUGCAGAUCGCCAGCCGCGUGCAGCGUUCGUUCCUUCCCGGCGAACGCUUCGAGGCGCCGGGCGUCAAGAUCCAGGCCGCCAUGCAUCCCGCCAAGGAAGUGGGCGGCGAUUUCUAUGAUUUCUUCCUCCUGGACGAGAACCGCAUCGGCGUCGUCGUCGGCGACGUCGCCGGCAAGGGCGUGCCGGCGUCGAUGUUCAUGGCCGUCACACGCACCGUCAUCCGCGCCACCGCCCGGCAGGUGGAAUACGGACCGGGCGAGUGCCUGCGGGUGGUGAACGACACCCUGGUCGAGGCCACCGGCGGGGACAUGUUCGUGACCGUCUUCUACGGCGUGUACGACGUUCGCGACGGCAGCUUCGUGUACGCCAACGGCGGCCACAACCCGCCGGUGCUGGUGACGCGCGACGGGGUCCAACGGAUCCCGCUGACCGGGGGCGUGGCCCUGGCGAUGUUCGACGGGCUCACCUAUGAGGAAGGGCUGGUGACCGUGCCGCCGGGCUGCAAGCUGUUUCUCUACACCGACGGCGUCCCGGAGUCGGCCAACCUGGCCGAGGAGGAGUACGGCUACGAGCGCAUGGAAGAGAUCCUCCGGCAGAGCGCCGAUCGCAGCACCGGAGACACGCUGUUCGACGACAUCACCAUGGUGGCCCUGGACCGCAACACGGCCAAGGACAGGAUCGCCGUCCGCCGUUUCUCGCUGCGCAACAACCGCGCGGAUCUUCCCCGCAUCGCCGAGGAGAUCCGGGCCUUCGCGGAGAGCGGGGGCAUCGGCGGGAGCGUCGCCGAGCACCUCCAGCAGGCGCUCGAGGAGACCAUGGUCAACGCGAUCGAUGACCGGCUGUCCGCGGUCAGCGAGUACGAGAUCACGGUGCGCGCCACGCUCGACGCCGGGGUGGCCGAGGUCACGGUGGAGGACGAUGGAGGGGCCUACGAUCCGAUGGAGGAACCCUCUGAGCGUGAUCGGGACCUCGGCAUGGAGCCGGGCGGGACGGCAGGCUUGGGAGAGGGGCUGAUGCGCCGCUCGCUGGUGGACGAGGUGUCCUAUAUGCGUGUGGGUGAACGCAAUCGGCUCGUCAUGCGCAAGCGGGUCGACACAUGA